AUGGCAGAGUAUGAUCUGACGCAGACGCUCGUUGCGCACCUAGAUCCGCAUCUGGUUCUUCCUCUCCUCUCGCACUUGCGCACUUUGGAUCUCUUUGAUGCCAAGGACGUUGUCAAAGCGCAGUAUGAAGUGAGCAAGAAGACCAAUAUGACCGACUAUGCGCUGCAGCUUUAUAAAGAGGCAUACCCUGGUGAGGCUGAGCCGAAGGAGAUCACCGAGCGUGCGCGCGAAAUGGAGGCCAAAAACGAGAAGCUGUCGAAGGAGGCAGAACAUGUGCUCAAGGUCAUUGAGGACCCGGUGGUGGCCGGUUCGCUGAAGCAGGACAAGGCGCAGAAUUUUGAGUGGCUCAAGCAGCAGUACCAGCUGACGGAAGAGCAGAUCCAUGUGCUAUACGAAUAUGGUCGUUUCCGCUUCGCAUGUGGAAAGUACAGUGAGGCCUCUUCGUAUCUAUACCACUACUCUGUCCUAUCGCCCGACACAGGCAAGGUAUACGAGUCGGUACUUUGGGGCAAGUUGGCCAGUAAUACGCUGACCGGCGAGUGGGAGCGUGCGCUUGAUGACUUGCGUGUGCUGCGUGAUCACAUCGACGGCCAGCGUGCGUCGACAUCGUCCAGCAGCGCGUGCGAUGAGCAACAGCUGUCGCAUGAGCAUAUUCUGCAAAAGCGCGUGUGGCUCCUACAUUGGAGUCUCUUUGUCUUUUUCAAUCAUCCCUCCGGCCGCGUCAAGCUCGUGGAGAUGUUCCUCAGCCAGUCAUACCUGAAUGCGAUCCAAAUGUCGUGCUGGUGGCUUCUCCGCUACCUAGUUGUGGCCCUCAUCGUGACGCGGCGGCAAUGCACGCGCGGCUAUGUCGUCGAGGGUGGUAGCUACUCGCACACUUCCAAGCUGCAAACCCACGCAGCCCUUCAGGAGCUUUCCAAGGUCAUCCAAAUGGAAGCGUACCGCCUGCGCCCCGAUCCGUUUGUCGACUUUUUCCGCCAGCUCUACGUUGAGCUGGACUUUGAUCGAGCGCAGGAAGAGCUCGCAAAGGCUCAGCGCGUGGCGCAUGGUGACUUUUUCCUGCAUGACACGGCCGACACGUUCAUGGAGCAGGCCCGCCUGUUGGUGAGCGAGGUGUACUGUCGCAUCCACCAAAAGGUGGACAUCGGUGACCUGUCGAAGCGGCUCGUGUUGUCCAAGGAAGAAGGCGAGCAGUGGGUCGCUAAGCUGCUCAACGAGACCAAGAUGAACGCGACGAUCGAAGAUGGCGUCCUCAACAUAAACCAGCCGCGCCCCGUCGUGUACCAAUCUGUGAUCGACAAAGCCUCUAGCCUGACUGGUCACACGACGUCUCUGAUGCAAGCCAUCGAGCGUCUCACGCAGCAGCCGGUCGAGACGGAAGAGGCAGCGGAGGCCAAGUAA